UCAGCCGACACCCCCGCCAGACUCCGGCCGCCGUCGGAGGUCGCCGAGCCGCCGAAACCCGGUCCCCCGGCUCACGGAACCCGACGCCAGAUGACGAGAAGUGGGUCGCGCGUCAUCGCUGCGGACCCCUAGGUUUGCGAGGCGUGGGGACGCGCACGGAAAGCCCGCUGAAUGAUCGCCCGAGCGCCGGUCUCCGCGCCGCCGUUUUGCAUUGACGUGGGUAUGCCAUGCACAUCUCCCGCUGCCCUUUUAAUGCAUAGCGCCUUUCUGCACGGCAUGAUGUUACCUGAGGCUGUUUUUUUCGGCUAUUGAUGUCGGUCCGUAUUCCGUAUAUGGAGAAUGGAGCUUUCACAGUGUUAUUUAUAGGUCCUGCUGUGUCCUCCCAGUAUUCCUCCUGGGUGAAAUCGCAACUAGAGAACCAGGUGACAGGGGAAGGAUGGUCUCCCCGCUCAGCCACCCCUGCCGUCAUCGUUCGAACCCACGGCUGUGUGAGUGGAUGGGAGAGGAAAGAGCGAGCACAGUGUCGGCAGCUCGAUGAGGAGGGUCGGGUCCUAGAGUCGGCCAUCUGUGAGACGGUAUUCGCGGCCUGCCUCUGAGAAGCUGCUGGUCCCUCGGCAUGCUGCCGCGACAGAUAACCAUGGCAACGGCUGUUUUCCGUCUGCCGGCUUGACUGGAGAAUUGAGUACUUAAAUCUGGUGCUGCCAAAUGCUGAUGCUGGCGCAGAGGAACGAAGAAUCCCUUUCCUUCUCAAAUCGGUACAUGGCACUUUAACACAGUGGCCCUAGAGCCUAGUAUUUCUAUACAGAUACUGAAAUGGUUCCAGACUUUCUGAGGGGCAAAACAAGAUCCAGAAUUGCUAAGCUAAUCGGGCCAACACCACUAGUAAUCAUGGAAUCUUUUGACACAUAUGACCACUACAUGAACUACCCCUUCCCAGAAUUUGUCCAGUCAUGCACGUUCGAGUGGACUAAGGACCAGAAUUAACCUUCCACUGACCCUCCUGUGAUUUAUGACAGAGAACCUGCAGAAAAUACCCCCCACCCAAACUGAGUAUGUUGUGAUGCAUCUCAGCUACGCUGCAGCACCAAGACAUCCGUCCAGUCUGCUCUCAGGAUUCGAGGCACAUCCUCUGCUCCCUUUGAGUCCAGAACAGAUCACAUUUCGGGCUUCUUUUGAACCCAACAGCUUGAUGGAAUGAGGACGGAUAGACUCUGAGGGAAUACCUGCUCUCCAACCAGAACCGAAGGCUUUUCAAAAAGUUUGAUGUGUCCUUAGGAGACUUAUAUGGAGGAUUAUUGCGUGGUCAGAGAGAGACGAGAAUUCUUAACGCAAUCUCACUGCAUAUUUAUUGCAUACAGAACAUCACAUACAAACUGCAUUUGAAGGGGUGUUUAUAUACAUCUAGGCAACGACAAACAUUCAAAAUAUCAUUAGAGAAGUACACAGCUGUUUCGUAAGCACAAACCUUGCUUUGGAUGUCAACUAUGGCUGCCUGCAAUAGCAGCUCGUUGGACUUGUGUGUCCUGCAGGACCCCAGCAUGACGGAGAUACUGCCUGAGAAGUACGCUCUCAUCAUGCCCAUCACGCUCAGGGUGGUGCUGGCUGCUGUCAUGAUCUGCAUGAUUGGCAUCGGCUUCAUGGGCAACGCCAUUGUGUGCCUCAUUGUCUACCAGAAGCCAGCCAUGCGCUCUGCCAUCAACCUGCUCCUAGCCACGCUGGCCUUCUCCGACAUCAUGCUUUCGCUCCUCUGUAUGCCCUUCACGGCGGUCACUGUCAUCUCUGCUGACUGGCACUUUGGUGGCGAGUUCUGCCGCGUGUCUGUCAUGCUCUACUGGUUCUUUGUCCUGGAGGGCGUCUCUAUCCUCCUCAUCAUCAGUGUGGACCGCUUCCUCAUCAUUGUCCAGCGGCAGGACAAGCUGACGCCACACCGUGCCAAGGUGAUGAUCGGCGCUUCCUGGAUGCUGUCCUUCUUCGUGUCCCUGCCCACCGUGGUGGGCUGGACCGUGGUGGAGGUGCCAACCCGGCCCCUGCAGUGCGUCCUGGGCUACAGCGAGUCCUUGGCAGACCGUGGCUACAUGGUCCUGCUGGCGGUCGCCGUAUUCUUCGUGCCGUUCGGCGUCAUGCUCUACUCCUACCUCUGCAUCCUCAACACGGUACGCCGCAACGCCCUGCGCAUCCACAACCACGCCGAGAGCCUCUGCCUCAACCAGGUCAGCAAGCUGGGCCUGACUGGUCUCCAGAGGCCACCACAGGUCAACGUGGACGUAAGCUUCAAGACACGGGCAUUCACCACCAUUCUCAUCCUCUUCAUUGGCUUCUCGGUGUGUUGGAUGCCACACACCGUGGUCAGUCUGUUGGCGGUUUUCAGCAGCAGCUUCUACUUCAGCCCCAAGUUCUACCCCAUCAGUGUGGGGGCACUGUGGCUCAGCUACCUGAAGACCGUCUUUAACCCCAUCAUCUACUGCUGGAGAAUCAGGAAGUUUAGGGAAGCUUGCCUGGAGUUUAUGCCUAAGACCUGCAGGAUCUUCCCCAAGAUUCCGGGACGCAGUCGACGGAGGAUCCGCCCCAGCAACCUCUACAUGUGCGGUGAAACCCAAUCAGCCGUGUAAGGAAUUGUCUUUGCACCCUUCUCCACCCUCUACACACCCUCUCAGCCCCACAAGCUCUGGCCCCUAAUCUCAGAAACACGCACCUUCCCCCUGUCGAGUCGUAGAGUAUCGUGAACGUCCUUGACAAUGGAAAUGUUUUUGAUGUACCAAAAAAGAGCGAACUGUGUUUAUAGGCCACUUCUUGUCUGUAGAUAACCUUUUCGUAUCCAUUAGUGCACACUGUAGGCAAAUGGUGGUGUGUCUAUCCAACCCUUUGAUAGUUUGAAAAGUCUUUGGUGUCUGUGAAUGUAUGAACCUCGUCCAGAGUUUCCUGAUGCUCAUCCACAUCAUUUCCUCUACACAGUGGGCCAACCUUACGUGAGCGCUGUUACCAUUAGGGUGAGAAUACACAGGGCAACUUUUCAAGCAAUGUUGCUUGGGCACUUCCUCAUUGAUAAUAAGCAACAAAUUUCUAUUUGAAGAACUUAUUUGGGAUCAUCCAGAUCCAGGUAAGUUGCCCUUUGCCUCACUUGGUUGGCAAUUGCCCAGCAACAUUGCUCAAAAAGUUGCCCUGUGCAUCACCUUUACUGUCUUUUUGGCACAUUUGGUUCUCUCACUUCACAACCACGUAAAUGCGACCCCACAAGAAGUGACCCUUUCAGAGUUGGUGCGUCUUGUAAUACAAAUGUUGUAAUUUACUGUUACCAGCUGUGACCCCGUGAGUGAUAAAAUGACUGAUUCGUCAUUCAUAAAUUGGAUAAGUCUCUUCUGGAAUAUCAAAUUAAAAAAAAGGGGAAAAAAUAAAUCUGAUGUAUACAUUCAGGAAA